GCCUCCCCCGGGCGGCCGUAGCCCCGGGGCGGGCUCGGCACAGCCUCGGCAGCCGCCCCGCAGCUCCCCGCAGCGCGGUGCCGGUGCCGGAGCCGUGCCGGAGCCGAGCGAUGUGCGCGCCGCGGCCGGCACCUGCCGCCCCGCUCCUCUAGCGCCUGCUGGCAGCGCGGCGGCUGGAGGUGCCCCUCGGGAAGUUUGAUGGCUUCUUUGCGGAGAGUCAAAGUCCUGCUGGUGUUAAACUUGAUCGCGGUGGCUGGCUUCGUCCUCUUCCUGGCCAAGUGCAGACCCAUCACGGCCAAGAGCGGCGACUCCUUCCACGACGUCCAUCCCAGGGCAGAAGUGGUCAACUUGACAGCCCACGGCAUCGGCUCCAUCCAGGAUGCAGUGCUGAAGAGGCUCUCCCUCCUGGAAGACAUAGUCUACAGGCAGCUCAAUGGUCUGUCCAAGUCACUUGGUCUCAUUGAAGGCUAUGGUGGACGUGGCAAAGGUGGGCUUCCAGCCACCCUGUCCCCUGAGGAGGAGGAGAAAGCUAAGGGACCCCAUGAGAAAUACGGCUACAACUCCUACCUCAGUGAGAAAAUUUCACUGGAUCGUUCCAUACCAGAUUAUCGUCCAACCAAGUGCAAAGAGUUGAAAUACGGCAAGGACCUACCCCAGAUCUCCAUUAUCUUCAUCUUCGUGAACGAAGCGCUGUCGGUUAUCCUGCGGUCAGUGCACAGCGCUGUUAAUCAUACACCAGCUCACCUGUUGAAGGAGAUUAUCCUUGUGGAUGACAACAGUGAUGAAGAGGAACUGAAGGCGCCACUGGAGGAAUAUGUCAACAAACGAUACCCGGGGCUGGUGAAGGUGGUGCGCAACCAGAAGAGGGAAGGCCUUAUCCGCGCACGCAUCGAGGGCUGGAAGGCUGCCACAGGCCAGGUCACUGGAUUUUUUGAUGCCCACGUGGAGUUCACUGCUGGCUGGGCUGAGCCGGUACUCUCGCGAAUUCAGGAGAAUCGAAGAAGGGUCAUUCUUCCCUCCAUCGACAACAUCAAGCAGGACAACUUUGAGGUGCAGCGCUACGAGAACUCUGCCCACGGGUACAGCUGGGAGCUGUGGUGCAUGUACAUCAGCCCCCCCAAGGACUGGUGGGAUGCUGGGGACCCCUCGCUGCCCAUCAGGACACCAGCGAUGAUUGGUUGCUCCUUCGUUGUGCACAGGAAGUUCUUUGGAGAGAUUGGGCUCCUCGAUCCUGGCAUGGAUGUGUAUGGAGGAGAGAACAUAGAGCUCGGCAUCAAGGUGUGGCUCUGUGGCGGCAGCAUGGAGGUCCUGCCCUGCUCCAGGGUGGCUCACAUCGAGCGCAAGAAGAAGCCCUACAACAACAACAUUGGUUUCUACACCAAGCGCAAUGCCCUGCGAGUGGCCGAGGUGUGGAUGGAUGACUACAAGUCCCAUGUCUACAUCGCAUGGAACUUGCCGCUGGAGAAUCCGGGUAUUGACAUUGGGGAUGUUUCUGAGAGAAAAGCUUUGAGGAAGAGCUUGAAGUGUAAAAAUUUCCAGUGGUAUCUGGACCACGUUUAUCCAGAAAUGAGAAGAUACAACAACACUGUUGCGUAUGGAGAGCUUCGAAACAACAAGGCGAAGGAUGUUUGCCUUGACCAGGGCCCGCAAGAGAACCAUACAGCAAUAUUGUACCCGUGCCACGGCUGGGGACCGCAGCUUGCACGCUACACCAAGGAGGGGUUUCUUCAUCUCGGUGCCCUCGGGACCACAACUCUUCUGCCUGACACCCGCUGCCUGGUGGAUAACGUAAAAAGCCGCUUCCCUCAGCUCCUCGACUGCGAAAAGGUCAAGAGCAGCCUCCAUAAGCGCUGGAAUUUCAUCCAGAAUGGUGCCAUCUUGAACAAGGGAACGGGGCGCUGCUUGGAAGUGGAGAACAGAGGAAUGGCUGGCAUCGAUCUGAUUCUUCGCAGCUGCACGGGACAAAGGUGGACAAUUAAAAAUUUCAUCAAGUAAAGGGUGGAAAACGCCAAGGAGUCUCACCUGAAACACAGCUGACGUGGACUGAUCUGACUGGACUCCUUUGGAAAGGACAAAAUAUCAAAACAGAGCUUUAUUCAUGUUAUUAGGAGAGGACAUGGGGGAAAUGGGCAUUUGUGUCUUUAUUUUUAUUGUAUAUUAGUCUCCCGCAGCUGAUUCCAACUGUGUGAAAUUGGGUCAGAACUGCUAUUUUCUUCUGGCGAGCACUCUAAAAGGUACCACUUAUUUCUGCUGGAAUAAGUGUAAUAAGCUCAUGUAGUCUUGUAAGCAUUUUACUGACAGGGAAAUGUUGCUUUCCCAGAUGACUCCAAGUUCUCCCAAAGGGCCAGCUAGGUUUGCACCAUGGUCAGAGUCAAGACACCCUGCAUAUAUCUGCAUGGCAAGCACGAAAACUUGCUUGCUUGUGAGAGGAAAAUGUGGCCAAGCCCCAGACAAGCUACGUUUGAACGAUGUGGUGUUUCACUAGGUCCUCUCUCUCUUUUUCAUUUCUUGCCCCUACAUCUAACAGCCCUUUCCUUGAGUCUGGGAGAAGCGAAGCUCUCAGAGACGCCCCGGUAGAUCCCACAGAUCUUUCCAAUCCUUAAUCACAGAUGUCAUUACACAAAAUCCUGUCGAAUGAAAAUACUGACCUCCUGUUGUCCCCUCUCCAUCGCCCAAGUGAUGCUGUUUGCCAAACCAGCCCCGGCCCCUCCAUUUAUGGAGACCCCGAGUGGGUUCCCUGUGGAAAGACCUCAGAAUUUUUCCCCACAGGUGGCUGCAUGCCAGUUUUGGGGUCGGUCAGAUGCAUGCCUGGUGCGACGUGCCCUGUGGCAGCCCAAGCAUUGCACAGCAAGCUGUUGGCCAGCUGGGGACCUGGAGAGCUGCAGGUCUGUCUUGCCCCCCUGGUGGAGCUGCUGACAUGGCACUAGCCCCUUGGAGACCCCCCUUCUGUCUCCCCCCCCCCCCCCCCCUUUUUUUUUCUGCUUAUGGGAUGGGUGCACUGAUGUGUGCAACAGGCUGAGGGGAGGUAACAUGAGAGAAAGUCCUGCUCAGGCUUCCCUCCCAUGGAGGCUAUAGGGCUUGUCUUCAAGGCAUCCUUACUCUGAAUGAAGAUAUCAGUAACAGUGGUCUCCUUAACUUUGUAGCGGUGCAAUUUUCUUCCUGAGGCUCGAGCACACCUGUCCUGAGGCCUGGUCGGUGUGUAGCUAUGGCCAAGGUCCACUCCAAACCCUGCAUGUUUCUGCAGUCCUUUAUGGGUGAUGGAGAUGUAAGGGAGAGGGCGGGCAAGAGACCAAGAAAUGGCAGCUUGGCUGAAAUUCCUGACCUUGGAGUCACUUGAGGCUUCUUAAUAUGAUGGGGUGAUCUCACCUGCUUUUUUUGACCCACAGUAAUCUUGGCUACCAAAUCUACCCAGCCACUGUGGGAGACCAUUGGUUUGGGGUCCUGGUGUCUGGCUAACUGGAAACUGGAAAAGGGAAACAUCUUGCAAAGUUGUUUCACAUGGAUGCUGGACUAAUGGGUGGAUGCAGGCUUUGCUCAGUGGAGAGGGGAAGCCAGCCCAUCUCCUGUCCUUCUCACAGAAUAAUACUCUUUCUGGUUGCCCUCUGGCUAGGGUGCACUAAAAUAUAUUAAUAUAUGAGAUGUACGUGUAAAUAUGUUCCCAAAGAUGGGAUGUGCACAGAGUUGUUUGCUGCAGAGCAUUCAUGCCUGUCUUCCAUUUGCAUCAGGAUAAAGCUACCUGGGUGUUUAAUGAGUUUAAUUUUCCAUGCCAUGCAGCAGGUUUAUAACUGAUGUUUUAGUAAUUUAUUGAACAGAAACAGAUAAUUUCAUUGUUCCUUCUACAGCAAUGAGCAUCACAUAGGACUGAUUGUUCACUUACGCGUGACAAGACUCCCUCAUCCAUUGGCGUUGUCUCUGAUUUUUUUCCCUUGCCUUCCUUAAUGAAGUAAAACCUCUUAGUUGUCCUGAAUUGCAAAGUAGGGAGUCAAUGUAGAAUUUUGCUCUCUUACUCGCUGUUGCAUCAUCUCUUGUGUAAUAAAUUUUAGCACUUACAAAAAUGACACGAUCACAAUGUCUUUAGAUGCAUGAUGUAUUUCCCCUUGCAUUUGUUGCUGCUUUCUAAGAAAAGCAGUUUGCUAAUGAAGUGGACUCCAGGAAAGUCUGGGGGAUUUGAGACUUCACAGCUAAUGGCCAAAAUGGUAAAAUGUCCUUUAAUUGAGCAAUCAGUUUGCGGUCAGUCAUCAGUGGGAGCCACAUAUUGUUUAGUGUUGGGAAAAGCCUGUGUGUUUUGGGAAAAAACAACCCAAAAGCCUUUGGAUGUUGCCUGUGUUAUCAUUCAUGGUUCUUGGCUCAGCUCUACGCCUGCCAGUGCUCAGGGCGCCAGCAGAUGGGCUUUGUCAGAUCUAAUCGUGGUGGGACAAGGUGUCACCGCCCCCAGCCGUCCAUCUGCUUCAGCUGCUGGAUCUGUCCCCGUCCCCGUCAGCAGAAAGCAAUGUGUGGCUGCACCUCGGCUCUGUAAUUUGCAGGACUGGCUUCAGCCACCAAGCAGGGGGCUUGGCUCUAUGAAACACAGCAGAUCGUUGGCUGAAGUCACUUCAGGACAGCCGCGUGGCUCUGCUCCGAAGCUGGCAGCCCCUGGCAGCCGCGGGGUGCAUCUCCAGCUGCGUGGUGGCAUUUGUUGGAGGUGACGUGCAUGCUCCUGUGAGCUUGUCCCAGGUGGCACAAACCGACCUGGUGAUGGUGAUCCCAGUGGUGAUGGGCUCUUUGAUGAAAAAAUUCAAAGAUGCAUUUCCUUUGUGCACCAUAAAGAAAGCAAAUGCCUGAAUACCCAAAGGGAAGGGGAUGGUGUAGAUGAACACUGCUCCAGGACCUCAGCUGGGGCAGAAACCUUUUUGAGGUGGUUUGCCUGUUCUCACUGCUGUACAUAGAGUGCUUUAAAAUGACUGAAAAGCAGCGGCAUGAGUAAAAUCAGGAUUCAAAUGGAGAAUUUUAUCUGCUGUGUCCGUGUAAGUGAAGUUCUGUUCUUACAUUGGCUUGUGACAUGCAGAGAUGAUUGCUGAGGCGAUGACCUGAGGUCUGCACCCUCCUAAACCUUAGAAAUCUGUCUUAGGAAUCUGGAUCUAAAUGUUGCAUCUUGCGCUUAUCUCUAAUAAUAUGUUAAUUGCUUUAAAAAGUGAUAUCGAAGUGGUUCUUAUUAAAUAUAUGAUUUGA